AUGCCUUCAGCUGCGAAUGCAAAAUCUGAAAAGCCUGCUUCUUCGGAAGCAGCGGAUAAUACACCGAUAAAGCAGAUAAUGACGCUUAUUGAACACAAAAUUCGGAACUUGGAGAAAAGAAAGAGUAAGUUAUCAUCUUACCGGGAACUACAAAAAGCUGGUAAAGAGUUAAAUGGAGAUCAGAAGGUUGCUGUGGCCAAAUAUGACGAAGUGGCCCAAACACUGGAAUUUGCUAGAGACCUUUCAAAGAAUGUUAGUUCAAUUGCGGUUUCUGCAGAAAGGGAAGCUAAAAAACAAGCCAAAAGGGAUAUUUGGAUCCGUUAUACAGCUGAUACUACCAAAAUCCGUGAAGUAAUUUUAAUUUUGGACUGUCUCGUGUUAUUGGGUAAGAGCGAAGUGCGUGAAGACUUUCUAAAUGGUAACAAUGGAGCUGCUAAACUCACUGAAGAUGAUCUUAGAAUUUUGGAUGACCUGUAUCCUGAAGUGUCACCCAAGCAUGACAUAAAUGAAGAAGGAAACCCAGGAUUUCAUGCUCAAACUGUCAAAGCUGCUGAACAUUUAUACGCCAUAAUUGAUGGCAAACCAAAAGAAAUAUUGGGCACAACUUAUGCUCAUAUUAAAGAAAUUGUAACAAAAAUACAAGAAUGUGGUUACUUUGAUAAGACCCCUGAAUCUGCAACUGAAGCAGAGGUUGAAGGAAACCAUGUCACGGAGGAAGUUGAAGAGCCUGUUCAAGAAAUACUGGAAGAAGUAGAACCAACUGCUCCCAUGUAUGCACCACCAAUGGCCAUUCCGACAGCACCUGCACCCACUGUGGUGCCCGCACCAGGAUAUCCUCUACGCCAAUUGCCUCCUAUUACUCUGCAAGAAGUAGAGCAUGCCUACUUUUCUCAACAAUAUCCACAACAAAGACCAAUAUCUGAAGUUAUAGGUUCACAAAAUUUCUUCUUCCUCCAGGAAUCUGAAAUAGACAGCCCGGUUGGUACACCACAACCACCUAUGAUGAAUCAAGCUUCACCACCAGCAGCCAUCCCCACACAAACAUUUACAAACCAGCACUUUGUUCAGAUUCCACCUAACCGUAUACCUGAGGCAGGAAAUAUGCCCAUGCCACCCCAACCUCAUUUUCCUCCUCAUCCUGAACACUUUACUGGUGUGCCUAUUCCCAUGCCUGGGCACCCCCAACCCCACCCACAAGCAUCACACCCUAUGCCCCAGCAAGCACACCAUCAAGCUAUACUCACACAGCCACAGCACAUUCCAUCACAGAUUAUACAUCCAGAGCCAGUUCCCCAACACUCUGUAGAACAAUCGUCAGCUGAAGAACACAAGUCUCCUACACCCUUGGAUGAUAAAAAGGAACUGGAAGAUAAGGAAAGUAGAAGUCCCGAGCGUGAAGAUGACGGUGAAAGAAAGUCGCAAGGACAAGGAGAUGGACAAAACAGAUUCAGAAGAUAUCGUGGUAACGGCAGAGGUGCGCCUAAUGGAUACCGCGGCCGCGGAAACUUCCAAAACAGGCAGAACAAUGAUGGAUAUCACAACCGACAUGGAGAUUAUCAAAACAGAUCAAAAGAUGGCUACCACAAUAGGCAAUACAAUGACAAUUACCAGAAUAGACACAAAGAUUACCAAAGCCGUGGAGGAAAUGACGGUUACUAUGGUAACGGCGAUACCAACGACAAUCACCACCAAAACGACAAUGGUGGCCGUGACAGAUACAAUGACAACGCCCAGGGUUAUCAAGGCGGAUUCAAAAGUCGUGGUCGAGGUGGGCCCCGUGGUGCGUCUCGUGGCGCUUCCAGGCCGCCGCGCCCACAAUACAACCGUAAACAAGACAAUGCUGAAUAA